AGUGUUGUUGUCGAAUUAGGGUCUCGUUGUUUUUGCAGGCUUCGAUGCAGCAACCAAAUUCAAUCCUUCACCAUGCAAUCUGCCCCUGCUGGAAAUUUAGUUAGGCUGCUUACGUUGGUCCUUUGAAGGUGGCGAGCCCAGGUUCGAUAGUUGAGCGUUCGUAGUUGGUUGUGUUUUGGUCGUAGUUUGGGUUUUUAGCUGAGACUUGUGUGUGUUGUUGCUGUUGUGAUCACGUCAUUUGGAGGGGAUUUCCGCGUGUGUUCAACUCUGUUUCUGAAUCAAGGUUGAGUGGUGAUUCGUUUCUUUGAAGUUUUAGUGAGAUUGCCGGUGAGAUUCUCGAAUUGAGGAGGUGGUGUAGGGUUUAAUUGAAGUUGUGAUGGAGGCCCCGUCGGAGGCUGGAGCUGCUGCUGCUCCUGCUGCUGGGGCAUUCUUCAAGAAGAAAAUUCAGAAUAAGAAUAUUCGGAAGCGGCCGACUAUUGAUGAUGGUGAUGAAGAAGAGGAGAAUGCCGGGUCUGCCGUAAACAAAGGGAAAAUCGCGAAGAAGGGUGUUGGGCGGCUGGAGUUUAAUUCUGGCGCACCAGUAGGCACUUCUAAAGUACAAAAUUCGGAGGAGUCGGACAAGGCGGGAGAGGUGGAACGGGCCACCUUCGUGUAUGAAUCGACUCGGCAGGUGCAGACGCAGGAUGAUAGCAGGGCUACGGCAGUGUCGGAGAUUGAGACGGAAUUUGACAGGGAUAAUAGGGCUAUUCGAGAGAGGGUUUUGAAACAAGCUAGUGAAGCUCUUAAGAGUGGGGAGCCUUCCAAUAGCAAGGUUUACAAGGGUAUUCAUGGCUAUACUGAUCAUAAAGCAGGGUUUAGGCAGGAGCACACAAUAUCUAGGGAGAAAGCGGGAGGGGCUCAUGGACCGUUGCGUGCCUCUGCGCAUAUUCGUAUGACUGUCAGGUUCGACUAUCAACCUGAUAUCUGCAAGGAUUAUAAGGAGACUGGAUACUGCGGUUAUGGCGAUUCUUGUAAAUUUAUGCAUGACCGUGGAGACUACAAAUCAGGAUGGCAAAUGGAGAGGGAAUGGGACCAGGAAGAGAAACUUAGGAAGCAGAGACUCGCCAGAGGGGAAGCCGAUACCGAAGAGGGUGAAGGAGCGGGGGAUGACAGCGAUGAUGAAGAUGCUCUUCCGUUCGCUUGUUUUAUAUGUCGCGAGCCCUUCACUGAUCCUGUUGUUACAACUUGCAAGCAUUACUUCUGCGAACAUUGUGCUCUGAAGCAUCACUCAAGAAAUAAACUCUGUUACGUAUGCAACAAACCCACGAAUGGAGUUUUCAAUACAGCUCACGAGAUUGUCCGGAAACAGAAGGAAGCCAAACAAGCAGCCGAAGGAGGAGAUUAGAUGGAAUACGAGAAGGAGCAGUAAAGCAAGAGAUGUAUGGCUCUGAAAAUCUUCAAGGGUCGAUUUACAUGAUAACUUUUCAACCGCAUGUAGGUCUUUGUAACGUCAAAUGUGCGAUUCGAGGAUUGUGUAUAUGAGAAGUGGACUUUCUAAUGAAAGAGAAAUCCAAUUAUUAGUUUCCACUUCUUGAUUCUGAGAAGGGUAAGGUCGAAGAAUUCGAAACAUGGGCACCACCUGCGUCGUUUGUCCAUGGCAAGAGCCUUCUCAUAGCGACUUGCAUCCCUUUAAAUAGGUUAGGCAGCUAUAGUUCCUUUGUUGUCUUUUUGUCAGGUUAUUGUGCACAAAUGAAGAUCGAUUUUUUUGAGAAGUCGAUUGUAGUUUUUCGAGCAGAAGUGCUGCUAUGUGUUAUAUAUUCCUUCUUGGUAAUGUGAUUUCGGUUACCGAGCGUUUCGCAA